AUGGAUGCCCUGGUUGAUGAUACAGACAAACUAUUCCCUGACGUCUUCGCGCACCUUGCCGCUGUCGGGACACAGGGCUCGCCACUAGAUGAAGAACUUUUGAGGCGAGCAGACAGGAAUCUUACUUUCAACUCACCAAAGGACCUACUGUGGAAAGUUCUGCGUACUGGUGAGAAUCUAUUACAGACACUUCAACAAGACCCACGGCCACUUACCCGGCUCCUGGAGCGCGUCAUUUCACUGCUACCCUUCGACGAGCUCAAGAAAACCAUCUCGCCAGAGAAACUCGAAGGGGCCCUGACCUCGCCCUCGGUUCCAAUACAAUUGCUCUGCUUGGCCUAUCUUCGCAAAGCUGCAGACUCGCCGAGCGGAGCAUCGUUCGUCGCGGCCAGUUCAAGUCUCGUUCAAUGUCAAUUCACGACAUGGCUGUCUUCAGAAAGCACUGAAGUGGCGGAGCGCUCAUUGGAGGUCAUUGAAGCUCUGCUGUCGGUUGACAGUCCUAACAGCACAACUGUACUCUCGGCCGGCCGCAGCUUCGCCGAGGCACAAGGUCAGGGUCUGUUGUGGCGGAGGGUGUUUCACGAUCCUGAGGUGUAUGUGAUUCUAUAUGAAUGGACGUCAUUGCGGAAGUCCAAGCGAGAUUUGAAGACGAAGAAGGGCAUACAACUUGUCACAAUAUCCCAGGCGAGGCUGUUUGACUUCAUUGCCAGGAUCGCGCCAUACGACUGGAGUGCUGUAACGACAUCGUCACUGCCUCAAAUCGAAACCCAGUUUAUGACUCAAAACAACGGGGAUGAACCCGUCGGGGGAGUCCUCCUCUACGCUUCAUCAAACAUGAUUGAUAAAGAAGACAUCCUGAUGAAGGUACUGCGGCAAGAUUUCUUUCAGAAGCUACUCGGCGUGGUCGAAGAAAGCAACGGCCAGAGCUUGUCUCCAAAACUUCUCGAAGCAAUUCAAGAGGGUGCUGGUAUUGAGACCACGAGAAAUCCUGAGGAUAGAGGCUUGCAUCUUUAA